AACGCAAUGUCCACCGCUCUAGUUGUGUAGGCCUGUAGCCUUCUUCUCCUCCGACAUUCAAUUCAUGUCCAUAUUACCGAAACAAAAAACUCAUUCCAUAUUCCCCAAUCGCCUUCUUUUUUCUCUUCUCAAUUUUGAUUUUGAUUAAUGGACGGUGAGAAAUCAAAAUUCAGUUUCGGCCCUCCGAUCAACCCUUCCUGCUCCUCCCUUCUCCUCCUCUUCAUCUUCCUCGCUAUUCUCACCUUCCAAAUCGCCACCAGAACCCCUUUCCCGACCAUCUGGCUUCCCUCCGAUUUCCAACAGCCGACUUGCUCCGCUUUCUUCCGGCGAGAUGCGGCGGCGGAUACGGCGGCGGUGGUGAUGUCGAUAACCGAUUUCGGAGGAGUAGGGGACGGGAAAACUUCGAACACGGAAGCGUUUCGGAAGGCGAUUGAGUACAUGCGGCGGUUCGGCGAGAAAGGCGGGUCUAAACUGACGGUUCCUAAGGGCAGUUGGGUCACGGGCAGCUUUAAUCUCACCAGUAAUUUUACGCUCUUUCUCCAACGUGGCGCUCUUAUUUUGGCAUCCCAGGAUCCAGAAGAGUGGCCCAUUAUAGAGCCACUACCUUCAUAUGGAAGAGGAAGAGAGAGGUUGGGAGGAAGACACAUCAGCCUUAUUCAUGGCAAUGCUCUUUCCAAUGUUGUCAUUACAGGAGAGAAUGGAACCAUUGAUGGGCAAGGCAAGAUGUGGUGGGAGCUUUGGUGGAAUAGAACAUUAAAUCACACAAGAGGUCAUCUUGUAGAGCUCAUCGACUCUCACAAUAUUCUCAUCUCCAAUCUCACCUUAAAAAAUUCUCCCUUUUGGACAAUUCAUCCGGUCUAUUGCAGCAAUGUUGUUAUCAAAGACAUGACGAUCUUGGCUCCGCUCAAUGCCCCGAACACAGACGGUAUUGAUCCAGAUUCUAGUAUCAAUGUUUGUAUCGAAGACUGUUAUAUCGAAAGCGGAGAUGAUCUAGUAGCGGUGAAGAGUGGAUGGGAUCAAUAUGGAAUGAACCUUGCACGUCCGAGCUCGAACAUCAUCAUAAGGCGAGUUUCUGGCACCACUCCAACCUGUUCUGGUGUCGGAAUAGGAAGCGAGAUGUCAGGUGGAAUAUCGAACAUUACGAUCGAGGAUUUAAACAUUUGGGAUUCGGCAGCUGGCAUUCGGAUAAAAUCUGAUCAAGGUAGAGGAGGAUACAUUGCAAAUGUUAGUAUAACUAACUUUGUAAUGAACAGAGUGAAAAUGGCUAUAAGAUUUAGCAAGGGUUCAAAUGAUCAUCCCGAUGAACAAUGGGAUCCAAAGGCAGUUCCUAAAGUGAAGGGUAUUUUCAUUACCAAUCUCAUAAGCUUAAAUUCGACAAAGGCUCCAGUUCUUGAUGGGAUCAAGGGAACAUCAUAUGACGGUGUAUGUAUGAAAAAUGUCACCAUUCUCGGUCUCGCACCCUCCGCAAAAUGGCAUUGUGCUUUCAUCUCGGGUUUUAGCACUUCAGUCUUUCCUAUGCCAUGUCUCCAGUUGCAAAACACCACAUUUUCGUCGUUGUGCUCGUAAUUUUAAAUGUCUGUGGGCACAUUUUUCACUAACUAUUCAGUAUGACAUUAUACAAAGACGUACUCAAAGUAGUUCUGUUUUCAAAAUUCGAGUUAUGAUGCGGCGAUUCCUCAAUCAAGCAUUGCUUAGACAGACAUGAGCUUUACUGAUGGUUGACCUGUGUAAAUUUUUAAUAGUGAAAAAGGGUCUUAUUAACAAAUCACCUACAAGAUUUUUUGUUGUCUUCUUGGUUUCUUGUAUUCCAAUGAAACUAAUUAUCGAAACACCAUAACAUCUUACUAAUUGACCCUACAAUAGGAUUUGUUGUACAAAGUGAGGGAUAUUUGUAUUAUUUUAACAUUUGAUACUUUUUUUUAUUUUUUUAUUUUUUUGGAAAUAAAAAAAGUUAG